AUUUACGUUAAUUUUACAGGUUUAUUCCACUGUAGGGGUUCCCGAUAGAUCUCAUAAGAAUUUUUUUAUUUAUUUUACAUUCCUACCUGUCAGAACUGUCAAUUUCUCAUUCCAUUAUUGCCAUUCGCCAUUGGUUUCCGGUGGUAAGAGGAGCUACACGCGUAUAUGCUGAAAGUUAUAAGGCUUUUUUAAUUUUGUGGAGUGACUAUUGAAUUCGUUUUAGUUUAAUUUAACAGAAAAUGUCGACUAACGCAGCUCCGGACAGUUGGGAAACGCAGGCAGAUUCAAUGUCAGCUAAUAAUUCACCAAGUCAAGAUGCAGAUGUGACACCAAAGUUUUCCACGUUGAACGUUAAUGCAGUUGAAUUUGUGCCUUCGUUUGCUUUUUCUAAAUCUCCAGCUGAUAAACAGGACGAAUCUGCUUCUUCUGAUGUCUCUGAAGCUUCUCCUGAGCACCGAAUUCUCAACGGAACUAAUGUUGAAUCAAGCGAACAAGUGGAAGUGAAAAACCCACCUGUAAUACCACCAGCUGAUGGUGAUGCAUCUCCAGGGGAUGGCGGUACCUGGGAGGAUGUGGCAGAGGAUGAUCCCAUCAUCACUCCGGAGGGUGAUGAAGAAGAACCAUCAUCAGAAGAAGCUCCUAUCAAGAUUCCUAAGAAGAAAAUAAUCAAGCAAGAAGUGUUGGGAGAGAAGAAGGAACAUGUAAAUGUUGUCUUUAUCGGACACGUUGACGCUGGCAAGUCCACAAUCGGUGGACAAAUUAUGGCUCUGACAGGGAUGGUUGAUAAAAGGACACUUGAAAAAUACGAACGUGAAGCUAGGGAAAAGAGCAGGGAAUCUUGGUACUUAUCAUGGGCACUCGACACAAACCAAGAAGAAAGAGACAAAGGCAAAACCGUAGAGGUUGGGAGAGCUUUCUUUGAGACUGACAAAAAACAUUUUACCAUCUUGGACGCCCCAGGCCACAAGAGUUUCGUGCCGAACAUGAUCGGUGGUGCAGCUCAAGCCGAUCUUGCGGUGCUGGUCAUUUCUGCUAGGAAGGGAGAAUUCGAGACAGGUUUCGACAGGGGGGGACAGACGAGAGAACACGCCAUGUUGGCCAAGACGGCAGGUGUAAAAUAUUUAGUAGUUUUGGUUAAUAAAAUGGACGAUCCGACUGUGAACUGGGACGAGUUAAGAUACAACGAAUGCAAAGAUAAGAUAUUACCCUACCUGAAAAAAUUAGGCUUCAAUCAUAAUAAGGAUCUGUUCUUCUUGCCCUGUUCCGGACAGACUGGACAGGGACUGAAGGAACAGCUAGAGGAGAAGUUGUGCCCUUGGUAUAGGGGUCCUGCAUUUAUUCCAUUCAUCGAUAGUUUACCCUCACUCAACAGAAAAAAUGAUGGACCUUUUAUAAUGCCAAUUGUAGAUAAAUAUAAGGAUAUGGGUACAGUCCUUAUGGGUAAGGUUGAAUCGGGAGAAUGUAGAAAAGGACAAAGUAUGGUUAUUAUGCCAAACAGGACACCGGUUACUGUCGAUAUGCUGCUCUCAGACGAUGACGAGGUGAACCGCGUAGUACCUGGUGAGAACGUAAAAAUCAAAGUGAAAGGUGUAGAGGAAGAAGAUGUUAGUCCCGGUUUCGUACUGUGCGACGCCAUCAAUCCCAUACAUACUGGAAGAGUUUUUGAUGCUCAAUUGGUUAUACUCGAACACAAAUCAAUUAUUUGUGCUGGUUACAGUGCUGUCAUGCAUAUUCAUUGCGCAGCUGAAGAAGUCACCGUUAACGCCUUAAUAUGUUUGGUAGAUAAGAAAACAGGUGAAAAAAGUAAAACUAGGCCCAGAUUUGUAAAACAGGACCAAGUAGCGAUUAUGAGAAUAGAAUGUGCUGGAGUAAUUUGCUUAGAACCUUUCAAAUCGAUGCCUCAGAUGGGCAGAUUCACGCUAAGAGAUGAAAAUAAAACGAUUGCCAUCGGCAAAGUCCUAAAACUUGUGGAAUAAGAACUUUUCAUAGUUUAGUUUGUAAAGUUAUUCAAAACUGACAGAAUGUCAUCGAUGCGAGGUUAAUUGGGAAAGCUGGACACCACACAAUAAUCCUGUAAUCAAACGGUACUGUUCUGUCCACCUUUUUGAUAACCUAUUGAAACGGUUGGUGCUGCCAUCUUGUAGCUGAUGUUAAUAUUAACGAAUUGUUGUCUAUUAUAUAUUAGCUUUUUAGUAUAUGAUAAAUUAUGUUCAUCAUUAAUUAUAUGGUGUAUUGGUUCAUUUUAGAUUAAUUACAUUUUCUUUUUUUUUUUUUGUAUAUUUUGAUUUGAGUUAUUUAUUUUGAUAUCAAUUUCAACUUCAAAAUUGUGUGGUACUACAUCAAUGUUAUCGAUAAACAAUAUUUUAUUAAGAAAGAGGUCUGUCCUAUAUUUUCUGAACAUAUUUGAAAACAUUGAAUUUUAUUUUGAUGUCUGAAGAAUGUUUCGCAAAUUCCUGAAAUUGCUUUUAUAUGGAUUUGAUUCUGUUCAGAAAUUAUUCGACAAAAUUUGUCGCUUAUUUUUUUAUGAGGAACAAAAAAUUCAGGUCACACAUAUAAUGGAAUAGUUGCUUCUCCUUGAUUUACAAGAAUUCUUGCAUUUUCAAUGGACAAUCUUUUAGCUUUAUUUUUGAAAUAUAAAUUCUCUAUAUGAAUCAUAACAUUGAUUUAUCAAUUGCUAAUUAAAUGACCGAGACAGUUUUUGAAUAAAAUUUACAAUAAUCCACAUACAUUUAUGUGAUAUUGACAUUUAACGAAUGUCGUCAAAUAUAGGUUAUCUUCCAAUCAGGAAAAAGGGGCGUUACCCAAGUGGGGUAAAUACUCAAGCCUAGUUUACACAGAGAAAUAACCAAUUGGAAUUGAGUAUUUGUUGAAAUUCAUCAAUUGGUUGUUCCUAUUUCUUUCCUAUCUAAUUUCUCUGUUUAAAACAGACUAUUAUCGAGAAAUGAUAUAAUUUAAGUAAAUGUAGAUAGAAAAUACUUGUUAUUUUGAGGGAUUUAGUAUUUGAGAGAGAAUCGGCUAAAAAAAGAGUUUUAGCUUUCAAAUAAAAAUAUUUUUGCAGAUGUUUAAUGAGAAUUGAUGUAGAUUUCUCUACUAAGCGAUCGUUGAAUCGCUUUCUUAAUUGCUAUCGGGAAAUAUUUAAAUAAUAUUUUAAAUACUUAAAGUGAGUUGAUUAUUCUUAUGUGUGUGACAUAUUUUAGUUGUUUCUCAUCCCUUCAAUUUUCGAAUAUUCGGCCUAUUGGACAAGUUGAUUUAAUAAAUGCAAACAUUUUGGAGCUUGUUAGCAGAAUAUAUUUAUAACUAUCAACUUUUUGCUUUUGUUUUAUUCUUUGAUUCAAAAUUCUCUGGAAAAUAUUGAAUAUAUACAAAAGCUUUUCUAUAAUUACUAAAUCAUAAGAUAAAUGCAGCAUUGAAUUUCACCGAUUUCCCUUUUAUAUUGGUGACAGAAUAUAUUGACAUCUCAUCCCUUGCAUACAAUGUGUAUGUUACAUAUUGCUGAAAUUUUAAUAAAAGUCAUUUUUAAAAA